CUCCCCGGCCCAGCCCUCUUUGCAGCACACAGAAGAACUAUGGCUUUCUCAGGAGCACUCACGCUGACCGACUUGAACGACUUUAUUAACCCCUCACAAGCAUGCAUCAAGCCUGUGGAACAGUUUAACAAGCCCGUUGCAGAGCCUGGGGCGGCUGCAACGCAGAUCGAGGUCGAUGCACAAGGUGGGUACUACGAGGUUGCCCAGGGAGCUGUGGGGAGUAGUGGGAGCAGGAAGAAACUUGAGACGGCCCAGAUUAGUUUGAACGAUUGUUUGGCUUGCAGCGGUUGUAUCACGUCUGCCGAAUCGGUGCUCAUCACAUUACAAUCCCAUGAGGAAGUGCUGAACUUCCUCUCCACCAACCCUCCGUACUCUGCCCCCGGGCACCGAAUACCCAUUCUAUCGAUCUCUCCCCAAUCUCUCGCCUCCCUUUCUGCCUCCCUCUCACCCUCGCCGCCGAUCUCAGCCCAUCUGCACCGCAUUUCUCAGCUCGCCUCACAAUUAGGUUUCUUCCGGACCUAUGACACCACCUUUGCACGACAUAUUGCGCAUCUUGAGCAAGCAGUCGAGUUCUCGGAGCGAGCUGAAGCAAAGCGGCAGGGUAAUGGCGGAGAAGGGGCUGAGGAGCGCCUGCCUAUGCUAGCAAGUGCGUGCCCGGGGUGGGUGUGCUAUGCGGAGAAAACUCAUGGGGAAAUGUUGCCCUUCAUGAGCCGAGUGAAGAGCCCGCAGCAGAUCAUGGGCACAUUGGUGAAGGAGUGGCUGGGCAGUCAGUGGGGAGCAAGCCCGGAACAAAUAUAUCACGUCACGGUUAUGCCGUGCUACGACAAGAAACUUGAGGCAUCAAGACAAGAUUUUUACAACGAACAGUACUCGACACGGGACGUGGACUGUGUACUUACUACUGGGGAGCUGGCCCUACUCUUACGAGAGAAGGGAUUCGAUUUGUCCCAGCCUGCCCCCUCCGAAUCAUUCGCUGCGGAUUACGAGAUCCCUUCGUUUGUUCCCCAUCCUGGAUCGACCUCCGGCUCCUACCUCCAUUCACUCAUCCACUCCAUCGUGACCUCGUCUUCCACCAAAUUGGUACUAGAAACCUGUGCAGUGCGCGGCUCAGCCGACUACGUUGAAUACACCCUCAAGCCAGCUCAGACUGAGGAAGCGGGCCCGUCCCAGCCCGUCUUUCGAGCAGCAACGUGCUACGGCUUCCGGAACCUGCAAAACCUCGUUCGAAAAGUAGCCCGAGACGCAGGCGUUGUGACGGGCAAGGGUGCAUUGGGCCGCUUACCAGGCGCCACAGCGCGUCGACGCUUACGGCCUGGUGCGACCACCACAGAAGGUGACAAUGCGUACGACUUUGUCGAAGUGAUGGCCUGCCCAGGUGGAUGUGUCAAUGGUGGAGGACAGAUGAAGCCCUCGGAUGUGGUCAAAUCAAUUACAGACGAGGAAGGCUUCGUGCGUGAUUGGACGAACGAAGGUGUCCAGCUGGACUCUCCCUCUCCUGCGCCAACACCGAAUGGGGGUGCGAGUUCACGCUGGGGUGACAAAGCCUGGCUGAGGAGGACGGAGGAGGCCUAUUGGACUGAUGAGACGGGCUUGCCGACUCCUCCUCCAUCACCGGACGAAGGAUCGCCAGCCCUGCCCCAUUGGCCCACUGGCUCGGAAAAGCAUCGGAAGGCUGACGCGCUCGCCAUGCGUGUGUUGGAUGAGCUCUGUCAUCCAGUGGACAAGGGGGACCGUGCAGGCUGGGCCAGUCGGAUGGACGAUGCGGCUGAGCGGAAGAGACGGAACGCAUUUCGCACCCAUUAUAGGGCUGUUGAGAGUGAGGUUGUGGGAUUGGCGGUGAAGUGGUAAUUGGGGAAAGGGCAUUGUACGGCCGUAAGACCGUUCGGGCAAGUUAUCUGUUGCUGGAGCCGGUGAAAUCGUAUUUCUUUUUUCUAGGGUGAACGCUC